GUUUUAGAAAUGAUCAAGCAACCAGGCAUUUACCCUGAUAUAGGCAGCAAAGCCAGAGAUCUUCUCUACAAGAAUUAUACUCGUCAACCAUCAAUUCACUAUCACUAUGGAUGCUUUGAUUGGAGUUUUCAUCUACUGUGCCAAAUUAAUGAUAUUGUUCCCGGACUCGGGACAGGUUUCAGGUUUAGCCUACCUUUCCAAAGGUCUAACAGGGUGGAACUGCAAUACUUGCAUGACUUUAUUGGGAUUACUGCCGGCAUCGGUUUGACUUCAAAACCCCUCUUGCAUUUCUCGGGAGUAGUUGGAGAAAGUUUAUUCUCCAUUGGGACUGACCUCUCCUUUGAUAGCGCAACAGGGAAAUUCGCUAAAUGCAACGCUGGUUUCAGUUUCAACAGCUCCAUCCUCAUCGCCUCCUUAACAUUGAAUGACAUGGCUGACAGUGUAAUAGCUUCCUGCUACCACCCAGUGAACCCCUUGACGAACAGUGCCAUUGCAGCAGAGGUAAGGCAUAGAUUCUUGAGCAACGAGACCACAUUGGCAUUUGGCGCCCAGCAUGCAGUGUUUCCUUUUACAUUGGUCAAAGCUCGAGUGGAUACCAAUGGCAAGUUAGGUGCCCUCAUUCAGCAGGAGCUGUUGGACACAUUCUUUCUAACUCUUGAUGGACAGGUGGAUGUUAAGGCUGUGACAAGAAGUGCUAAGCUUGGACUCUCCGUGGCUUUUAUGCACUAAAUCAAUCCCCCAGAAACUAAUACCAAUAAAAAUCGUUUAUCCUAAUCUAGACGAAUACUGUAAUCUUUGCAAAAUCAUGGAGCAUGAGCUUAGUUUUAGCCUCCUGUGUUCAUUUUCAAAUUCUCAUCGACCUUUUAUGAAGGUUGGGGCAAGCAAAGAAUUGAAC